UUUUACAUUUUGAAAUCCAAAAUGAGGACCGUUAUAGCGCCAUAACAGUACAUUCCCUCCUCUUUUCUUCUCUCUCUCUCUCUCUCUCUCUGUGUUUCUCUGCACAAGUAAGCCAAGCCAAAGCGAGCGAGCGAUUUUCUCUGCAACGAUUGAGCGAGUGAUUUUCUCUGUAACGAUUUAGCGAGUGAUUUUCUGAGUUCUUUCUCUGUAACGACUGUGUGAAAUUUUGGGUUCUGAAAUCAAGAAUGGCGUCGUCUGCUAGAAAGCGCAGACAAUUGGAGGAUGGUUUUGGUUCCUUUGAGUUUCAGUUUCAGACCCAGAAGAGGGUAAGGUCUUCUAGGGUUUCUGAGACCCAACGGAAUGUAGCCGUUGUGGAAAAGUCGACUGUUGGUCUUCCUAUGCACAAGGGUUUGGCUUCGUCUGUUACAAAAAAUGCCGACCCAGAAUCAGAAGAGCUGGGUUUCGAUGAAAUCUGUCAGACCCAGAAGAGGAAGAGGUCUUCUAGAGUUUCUGAGACCCAACGGAAUGUAGCCGUUGAGGAAAAGUCGACUGUUGGUCUUCCUCUGUGCAAGGGUUUGGCUUCGUCUGCUACAAAAAAUGCCAACCCAGAAACAGAAGAGGGUUUUGAUGAAAUCUGUCAAACCCAGAAGAGGAAGAGGUCUUCUAGGGUUUCUGAGACCCAACGGAAGGAAAAGCCGACUGUUGGUCUUCCUCUGCUCAAAGUCAAAGGUUUGGCUUCGUCUGCUUCAAAAGAGACGUUGGAUUGUUCUAAAGUCUUGGAUUCUCUGAUGAAACUCGGCCAUGCGAGCUACUUCAACAAGCCUGUUGUUGAUCCUGUGGCUGAGAAUUUGCCGGGUUAUUUCGAAGAAAUUUGGAGGCCGAUGGAUUUGGGUACUGUGAAAUCGAAAUUGGAGAGGGGUGUCUACUCCAGCGCUGAUGGCUUUGCUGCUGAUGUCAGGCUUAUCUUCUCAAACGCUUUCAGAUAUUUCUCCCUUGGGAGUAGAAAUCUUGCAGCAGCCAAGCAUCUUAGUGGGGUUUUUGAGACCCAAUGGAAAGAAGCUGAGGAGAAAAUGUCAAAGACCGCUUGUCCUCCUCCUACUCCUCCUCUGCCCAAACGGAAACCAAAUGGCAAGAGCUCUUCUGCUUGUAGGGUUCUUAUACAAAAUCAAGGGGUUGUUAGGGUUUCUGAUUCUCACUCAGUUAAGUCAACCAAAGAUGAUGACUUGGGCACCCUUGUUCAUCAUGCCAUGUAUCAGGCCACAGACAAUUUUUCUCCAUGUAAGGCUAGGCGAAUUCAGUUGCUCAAGAUGCGAUUUUCAGGUACAAUACAGAAAGCAAACAAGAUACUUAAGGGUCUACCUGAUUCUCCACCAAGGAGAAAAUUGAUGCAUCGGAUGGAUCAAAGGGAAUCGGCUCGUCGUGCCGUUUUGAACAUGGAGAAGGCAGUCCAAUUUGAGGACCCCUUAAAGGAUCUCAAACAACUUGAGAUUCUCUGUGGCUGUGGCAGUGAAAGGGUCUACCUUGGAUUGCCCCUUAAGCAUUUGGGUUUGUACCUCAAAGAAGAUGACGAGUUACAGGGUCAGGACGAGGAGGCUUUUCUGAAUGGAGAUCGGGAGGAAGGCGAGAUCUGCUGGCAGGAAGGCGAUUGGGAGGAAGGUGAGAUCCGCUCAUGAAGUACAGUUUUUUUGUGAUUGCUAUUUGAUGGCUGAUGCAACUGAGAGCGAAUGGUUUGGGGACGAGGGACAAA